CGGGAGCCAUCAAGCAAGCCUGGUACAAAUGGAAGAGUCUGCGUCUUCCGUGGCGAAAGAAGUGGCUCGUUGNGCGCUGAUCUUUCUGGCAACACCUUCUGGGAGUUCAAAGAUGCUAUCAAUGCUGGUCGCAUGCGAAGAAUAGUCCAAUACGGCAGUCAAGGACAUUAUGCGGAUGUCAAGAUAUCACAAGCUCCUACGCUUCAGGAACAACAGUAUGAGGUAUCGCGGCAAGCACAGAUGCGUCAACUGGCCGCUGCUGCAGACGAACGAUGGGCAGCACAGGAAUCCUUCUUGGAUGCACCGUCAAAGCAACAACCGGCACCAGCUAUAGGUGUGAAGGAUCCUGCAGGAUACAUGCACGGCAACCAGACCGAGCCAACUGAGAACGAAGGCGUGAGAAGUGCGGUAGGUGAUGCGGGUGAGGUUGAUGCUUCGACUGAGGGCAGAACCAAGGAUGACGGCAGAUUCAAAGGCAGAGCUAGAGACAAGGAGGCGAACCCGUGGAAGCAAGCACCAAAGGGUAACCCAGGAGAUGAUUGGCAGCCACAGAGCUGGAGUCCUGGUGUCAGCCGUAGA